GUGUGGGGUGCGAAGCUUGACGUUUUUCUGCUAGAAUGAAAUGUUUUUCCGGGAUAGCGUGUUGCUAACGUUAGCAUUUCACUAUAACAUACCAAAACAAAGGACCGAACAUUCUAUCGCAAGUAGUUUUUAAUAGCUUCAUUUGUUCUAAAAAUGUAAACUUUGAAAGCACAGAAGUCUGCCUCCUCAACGCUAAGGAUCAACCACAUCAUUUCAGUCAGCUAUGGACUCCCAAGCAAACCCUCAGCCAGUGAUGUGUGAGGUGUGUGGAACAUACUUUGAGACACGCCGAGGGCUCUCCAGUCAUGCUCGUCUCCACCUCAGACAACUUGGUGUAACAUGGUCAGAAAGUAGUGGGGCUCCGAUUGAUCUUCUCUACCAGCUCAUCCGGGAAAGAGAUGGCUCCCUCCCUGAUUUCAAAUCUGAUACAUCCAUUCCUGGGCCAUCCCUCCUCAAAAAAUCCAUGAUACUUCCAGUACAGGAGGACAGUUGUGCUUCCUUCAAAGCAGGAAGUACAGCCACAAUAUCAUCUCCCCCCCCUUCAUCCCCUUCUGGUCGUGGAUUUGGUGAGUCAAAAAACAGUGAAGGCAGCCGUUCAGCCUCCUCAGAGCUCCAAACUUCAACCAAGCCACUGUGGGCACCACUGGAAACUGAUGCUCCAAUCACUUUAGACACCAAUGAUGAAGUCCAUGUGUGCCAACUCUGUGGAUGCUGGUAUGAGACCCGCAAAGGGCUCUCAAGUCAUGCUCGGGCCCAUCUGCGCCAAAUAGGAAUCCCUGACAGUGAUAUUAAGGGCAGCCCUAUUGAUCUCCUCUACCAGAUCAUGGAGGAAGAUGACCUCAAGCCCAUCAGCAUAGAGCAAGGAAAGGAAGAUCCUACAAACAGCCCCCCUAGAUCCUCCAAACGUUCUCCUAAUCCAUCCUCCCCAGCUGCAACCCCCCCCAGUAAACGGUCUAAAGUGCCAGAGGAGUUUUCCUGUAUUCUGUGUGGGGAGGAGUUUGAGAAUCGUAAAGGCCUGGCCUGCCACGCUCGCUCUCAUCUGAAGCAGAUGGGAAUAGCUGACCUAUUGGGGAAAAGCUCUGCAAUUGCCACUGUCCAAGAACUGGUUAACAGUGGCAUGCUGAAAGCCUUUCAACCAGCCAAACCAAACAGCACAUCCAGCCCAUCUGCAGGCCCUGCUCCAGCCCUGUCUCCAGCACCAGGCGGAUCCCAGACCUCGUUUACCUUCUCUUCCUCAUCUCCAAGCCUCACCAGGAUUACUCCUCAUUCUUCUGUUAACAAGGCUCCAAAAGCCAAGAAGGGCUUUCGACUGGCAGUGGAUCCCCUUCAUAGGAAGCCAAAACCUGAGCCUGUGGAGAUUGAGGUAUCUUUUCAAACCCAAGGGUCUAGCAAUGGCAGCAACUCUUCCUUACAGAAAUCACCUGCAGUUGACUCCUUGAAGCCUCUCAAUGCAGAUGAACAGUCUCCACCUACAGUCCUCUGUGAUUACUGUGGCCAGCUGUUUGAGACCCGCAAAGCGCUGUCAUGUCAUGCCCGUGCUCACUUGCGCCAGCUCGGCCUCAACUGGUCAAUCAAAUCAUCACCAAUUGAUCUUCUCAAAGAGUUCAUGGUGCAUGGUGAGGGCAGGGGGAAAGGGUCUAUGCCAGGUGGGUCAUCAAGCAAAGCCACAUGGUUCCCUCAAGGCUCCAAAAGAUCUCUGGACCGCAUCCAGCCAGGGGAAGCAGCCAGCAAACCCUGUAUGUCACCUCUUGAUUUUUCCAUGAAAGAGAGAUCUCCAUCGAGCAAGAGUGGCUCUUCACACACUGAUACCUCCUGUGAGCUAUGUGGGUUCGAUUUUGAAAACCGCAAGGCCCUGGCCAGUCAUGCAAGGGCCCACCUCCGACAGUUAGGAAUUAUAGAAUGGAAGGCAGAUGGAGCAAGAUCACCAAUUGAACUUCUCAACGAGAUGAUCCGAAGGGACCCAGCCAAGGUAUCAGCAAUAACCCGACGCUAUAAAUCAGGAGACUUUUACAUAAAGAAGACGGGAAAAGCCGGGGCUUCACCUUCCUUGUCUACAGACUCAGACUCUGUGCCAGGCAGCAGUCCAAAGGACACAAUGCAUCGCCAUCAGCACAAGAAAGGAAGGGAAGGCUUAAGCUUAGCAAGACAACCACAAGGCCAGGCACGAACUUUUGGAGCCCAUAGUGACCCUAGUGUGCGAUCCAGAAGUGGGACCCAUCCACUCAAACACAUGGCACCAGCACAGGAGGAGAAUCGGGUCAUCAACUCCCAGCAGCCGUCACGGUCAGGUAGCAUUCCUGCUAUGCUACCAAAGCCCCCUCUCACACCUCUCGUCAAACAAGUGGGCAAAAUGUACUCCCUCAAGUGCAGGUUUUGUGAAAAGGUGUUUCAUGGACCUCUGACUGUUCAAGAGCAGUGGAUCACACACCUGCAGGAGCACAUUCUGUCUCUUGGCUACAAAGGCAAAGCAUCUCCUCCUGCUCCACCAGUGGCAGCUCCAGCGCUUGUCCGCCCAAUUGCUGUCUAGUCAGGAAAGUAUUGUCUUGCAGAGAUAACAAUUGUCAGAAAAUUGCAAACUACAUGUUUUCCUUUUCUCCUGAAGAGGGCAAACAUGAGCUAUGCAAUAAAAGCAGCAGGCUGUAAACUACUCAGGUAAAAUCCACCAGCAAUAUCAGAUUACAAUCCUGUUCACUUGAUGAUUUUAAAAACUGUUCAUCCCUCAUUUGAUGGUCUGUUUUUCACCUUCUGUUAUUAUUCUUCAUGUUUGUAAAGAUGUAUUGUGUUUAAACAGAUUAAAUGUUACACUGCAAGAGACAA